AUGUCGUCGCUGCUGCGUGUGGACACGGAGGACGAAGAUGAAGAAGACAGCGACUGGAUGCCUGAGUACGAGGGCGAGUCCGCCUCCCUAACUUACGAGGACGACGAUGGCACGCCCGUCAUUUCCUCGGAGGAACGCGCCAAGUUAGACAAGGUGUUUGACGGCGAAACGUACGCCCCGCGGGCCUUCCGCCGCUCCGAGUUUGAGAAGCAGCAGCGUGAGAAGCUGCCGCUCGAGCGCAUCGCUCAUCAGCUGCGCGGCUAUAAUGAGGACUCGCCCGGGGCCUCUCUUUCGCGCAAGCAGCUGAUGUUCCGCACCUUGUGCCACCGCGAGCAGGUAGGUACCUCGUCCAAGGCGCAGCUCAUCAAGAUGCAGGAGACUUUCAUGCCCUUCCAGGAGAAUAAGCAGUGUCGCGUGGUAGACUCAGUGCGCGAUCGACUGUACUGCGGUGGAUUUAAUAGUACCGGGUCGCGGUUCUUGACCGCCGGACAGCGCGGCGAGAUCAUGUUAUAUGAUACCAUUGACUGGACCCGCACGGCAUUCUUGCCCGUUCGUGAUGUCAGUUGGACAGUGACCGAUGCCAAGUUCACACCCGAUGAUAAGAACGUCGUCUACUCCACCAUUAACAGCAAUGUUCGUAUGGUUAGCACCAACUAUGAAGAAGACGGGAAAGAGUCCGUGUUCGCGUUGGCACGUCCGAUCAGAGGAAGAGGUGACAGUCAUUCUGCGCGAAUGAGCCGUUUCGGACGCUUUGGUGUGUGGUGUAUUGACAUCAAUGCGUCUGGAACUGAAUUUGUAGCGGGAACGUCUCAAAGCAGUGUCGUAUUGAUGGACAUGGAGACCCGCGUUCCUAUGUGUCACGUUGUAGGCCACCACGACGAUGUAAAUGCCAUUGCGUUCGUAGAUGGGCCUCUGCAUACGAAUGUAUUUGUGAGUGGGUCAGACGACUCGUUGAUCAAAUUGUGGGAUCGUCGAGUGCUGUCUGAGUCGAACCCGAAGCCGCAGGGAGUGUUUCCUGGUCAUACUGACGGUAUCACGCACGUAUCUUCGCGUGAUGAUGGCUACUACUUCAUUUCGAACUCGAAGGACCAAACUACUAAGCUUUGGGACAUCCGAAAAUGCUUCUCGUCGGACGAGCACGACAAACUACCGCAGUUCCGCAGACCCUACUCGUGGGACUACCGCUAUCAAGCGUAUCCCGGUCGCAAUAUGAUGCCGGUGCAGCAUCCUGACGACAAGUCCGUCAUGACCUACCGAGGCCACAUGGUGAUCGAAACACUGAUCCGCUGCUACUUCUCGCCGCUGCAUUCGACAGCUCAAAAGUACAUCUACACAGGCUCAGCCGACGGUCGCGUGUACGUGUACGACAGUAUAUCUGGUGACCUCGUUGAGAUCUUUGCGAUGAAGCCCAACGGUCUCACUCGCGAUGUGCGUUGGCAUCCGUUCGAGCCUACGAUUGUGUCUCCGGAUUUCUAUGGCAAGUUGUGCGUCUGGCAGCGCCAGGAUGAAGAACAAGAGAAGCCAGCUACUCGACCUGCACCAACCCGCCGCUCCGCACGCCUUCGCCAUUUACGAGCUUAUUAA